UGAAGCGCGGGGACGGGUUGGCUGUUGAAGUGCUAUGACAACGGGUGCCAAGAUGGCAGUGCUGGGUCGUGGGCGCCUGUAGCCUCCCCGUGAGCCGCGGUGGCAGCAGCAGCAGCAGCAACCAUCCAGCCGGGGCGGGGCUCGCCGCUGCCUCACGGGCUGCCCGGGACAUGCCCGCCUGGGCCAGAGGAAAGGAGCCGCUGUUCGGAAACCAAGACCGCGUUGAUGGUUGUGGGGUGAGGACCUCGCAGCGAAGGGACCUUUUUCCCAAAGAGUGAAGAAGAAUGUCUUUAUUUAAAGCUCGAGAUUGGUGGUACACAACACUUGGAGAAAAAGAAGAAUUUGAUCAAGGAUGUCUAUGUGUAGCUGAUGUUGACAACAGUGGCACUGGACAAGAUAAAAUAAUCGUGGGCAGUUAUAUGGGAUUUCUUCGAAUCUUUAAUCCUCAUCCUGUAAAACCUGGAGAUGGAACGCAAGCUGAAGAUUUGCUCCUGGAAGUGCAAUUGCGAGAGCCAGUACUGCAGGUGGAAGUAGGAAAAUUUGUUUCUGGUACCGAACUACUUCAUCUAGCUGUGUUACACUGCAGGAAACUCUGUGUAUAUGCUGUCUCAGGAACUUUGGGGAGUGUGGAACAUGGGAACCAGUAUCAUAUCAAACUUAUAUAUGAACACAAUCUUCAGCGAACAGCCUGCAACAUGACUUAUGGACCAUUUGGUGGUGUAAAGGGUCGAGAUUUGAUAUGCAUACAGUCCAUGGAUGGAAUGCUUAUGUUGUUUGAACAAGAAAGUUAUGCUUUUGGACGAUUUCUUCCUGGCUUUCUUCUGCCUGGUCCAUUAACUUACAGCUCUCGAACGGAUUCUUUCAUUACAGUAUCUUCCUCUCGACAGGUUGAGAGCUACAAAUAUCAAGUACUUGCAUUUGCAACAGAUGCUGAUGAAAGACAGGAGACAGAGCAGCAAAAACAUAGUUCUGGAAAAAGACUUGUGGUGGAUUGGGUUUUAAAUAUUGGAGAGCAAGCACUGGAUAUACGUGUUGUCUCUUUUAAUCAGAUGGUUUCCUCUCUUUUUGUGCUUGGUGAGAGAAACUUCUUUUGCCUUAAGGAUAAUGGGCAAAUUCGAUUCAUGAAAAAACUUGAUUACAGUCCAAGUUGCUUCCUUCCUUAUUGUUCAGUGACUGAAGGAACAAUAAACACUCUGAUUGGGAACUAUAAUAACAUGCUGCUUGUUUAUCAAGAUGUGACACUGAAAUGGGCCACUCAGCUUCCUCACACUCCUGUGGCAGUGAAAGUGUGCUGUUUACAAGAUAUGAAAGGUCUAAUAGUUACUCUCAGUGACAGUGGGCACCUUCAAUGUUCCUACCUCGGAACCGAUCCUUCUGUGUUCCAGGCACCUAAAGUUGAAUCUAGAGAAAUGAACUAUGAAGAGCUAGACAGAGAAAUGAAAGAACUUCAGAAGAUCAUCAAGGAGGCCACAAAAACACAAGAUAUUUUGCCCAAAUCUGAGGAUGAUGAUUUGAAAGUCACAGCAGAAGUUUCAUUUCACCUGGAUGCAAUAUCUCAAGCCAUUGACAGUGAGGUGAGAGCAGAGGUGGUUCCUUCAGUUACAGUAAAGAUCACAGUACAAAGCAGACUGGCUGUGCAGAAACCAAAGUUAUCAGUAUGUGUACAACCUCCUUUAGCAUUGACCUGUGACCAGUUCAUCUUUAAUGAUAUAGGACCAGCAGUAUCUAAAACUGUAGUCCUGUCUGCCUUUCUAAAGGGGAAUUGCCCACCAGCAGAAUUGGAAGGAAAUGCAAUAUUUUCAUAUAACACACCAACAGCAGAUUUCAACCCUAAAGGGGUACCAAGAGUUGCACAGUGCAAGUUUAGACUGCCCCUGCGGUUAAUUUGCUUUCCAGCUCAACCUUCAAAAACAGCAAACCACAAGCUAACUAUUGAUACCAACAAACCUCCUGUCAGUCUUGUCAGACUUUUUCCAGAUUUUUCUGAUCAGUCUGAUGAAGAUCAGGUAAAUAGUUUAGGAUUCCAGUUCUUAGCUGGUUCUAGAACCACUCUUCUUGCUUCAAAAACAUCACAGCGGUAUAGAAUCCAGAGUGAUCAAUUAGAAGACAUUUGGCUAAUAGCAAAUGAGCUUACUCUUCGUCUUGAAGAACAUUUCAAGAAGCAAAAUUGCAAAGACUUCCUGUGUAUCUUCUCUGGUUCAAUUCCUUUGCAAGAAUAUUUUGAAUGUAUUGAUCACCACUUUGAGCUGCGCUUGAAUGCUGAAAAAUUCCAAGAACUAUUAUCUGAACGGGCAAUACAGUUUAGAGCUAUUGAACGACGAUUGCUAGCACGAUUCAAAGACAAAACCCCUGCUCCCCUCCAACAUCUGGACACCUUGCUAGAAGGAACUUACAGACAGGUAAUAGCUUUAGCAGAUGCUGCAGAAGAAAACCAAGCCAAUAUGUUCCAGGCAUUCGUAAAGUUGAAGAGUGCCACCCAUCUGGUGAUUAUGUUGAUUAGUCUGUGGCAGAAACUCAGCCCUGACCAAAUUGCUAUUUUGGAAUCUACAUUUUUGCCAUUAAUGCAGGAUACUCAAGAGCUGGGCUGGGAAGAAACUGUGGAUGCUGCAAUUUCUUACUUAUUGAGAACUUGUCUUUCCAAAAGCUCUAAAGAACAGGCCUUGACUCUCACCAGUCAGCUGAGCAUACCCAAAGAUACUAGUAGGCUGAAGAAACACAUAACUUUGCUCUGUGAUAGGUUGGCCAAAGGUGGGCGCCUCUGUUUGAAUGCAGACACAAAUACUCAGCAGGCUAUCAUCAUGCCAGGUGGCUGUACUGCUAUCCCAGAGUCUGACUUGGAGGAAAGAACAGCUGUACAGGACCCCACACCAAUAUUUACCGACCACAAGCACCUCACAAAGCAGAAAUCCAAACCUGACAAAUGGUUUCAAGAAUGGCAGCAUUUCAAGAUUGUGAAGCUGCUACUGAUGGUAAUGGCACUGUGAUAAUUAAGCUGUCCACAGUCUUCCUUUUGGUGAAACUGAGACAAGAUUUAUCCCAGAGUGUACUGGAUGAAGCAGAAAAGCCAUGAAAUUCUGAAGAUUUUCCUCAGGAGAAUAUAUCUAUCUGAUGUCAAAUGCAUUCACAAUGCAGAAGUACCAGUCUGUGUAUUUUACUCGGUACCAAAUGGAGCCUCCAGGAAGAAAAGGCUCUAAAAACUGCACAAAAAAGUUCCAUUCACAUCAAAUUGAUUGGAUCUUCCGGCCAGCCACUAGAUUUAUCAUCCUUUCUGUGAACAAAGUCUAACCACUUACCAAACUGUUGUAAGGUACAUUUAUGUUAAUCUGCAAUAUCAGCUCUCCAUAAGGACUCUGUUGAUUGAUCAAAGAGUGUUUGCACACACUUAAAAGCAAACUUUGUUUCUGGAUAUAUUUUAUCUGAUUGUUAAGAUAUUCUGUACUCUUCCUCCCUUUGAGAUUACAUUACCGUUUUCUCAUAAUGUCACAGUUUUGACAAAAGAUAACCAUCUUCUUUCAUCCUCUGCUAACCAAUCUCAAUUUCUACACAGCUGAAUUCACCACCAAAAGAAAGGCUGAUAAUCCACCAAGUUUCCUCUAUCCCCCAUCCCUGAUAUAUACUUCUACUCUCAAGAGAUAGAGUAAAAUAUAGUUACUUGAUAUAAAGACCAUAGUGUCUCCAACCCUUUUGCCAUGAAGUCACUGCAAAAAGAAGUAAAAUUUACAUUUAAAGUACUGUGAGCACCAUGACACGCCAAUCUUUUCCUGCAUUAAAUGUGAUACUUAUAUCUGUAAUUCUGAUUAGGGUCAAGAUUUUCAAAUGUGAUGAGUGAUUAUGAAUGCCUUAAUUGCUUAACCCAAUUUGAGACAGCUUAAAGAGGAUCUCAGUUUUAGUACAUGCUGAGCAGUCACUCUCUGAAAAUCAAGUCCAAGAAGGUGUCUCAGUUGGAACAUCCAAAGUGGAAGCACCUAAAAACACCUUUGAAAAUCUUGGCCUGGUUUUCUGAAGUGUCAGGUACACAAAUGAAUUGUUGAGAGUAACAUGAAUGUAAUGUCAAUAUAAAGCUGCAUAUAAUGGCCUCAAGAUAACAGAGACCUAGCUCUGAGCAUAGAAAAUAUGUCUUUUUGUUUUGGCCUAUUGGUGGAAAUAUAAAAUAAGAAGUUUUGACUUCUUCAGCAGCAUGCGUGAAAUGAAUGGUAUGUCUCAUUUUGUAACAGACACAUUGCAAAAUCUUCCUUCACACUUGGCACCCUUGGUGGCUGGAUCAGCACAAGCACCAAAAAGCUUAAUAACAUAGAGAUUCACUAUUCCGAGAAAAGAUCCCUCCAACUCAGUUUGGAGAACUUUGGGAUGGGGUGAUGGCUGUAGAUUUGUACUGCUUUUUACCAACAGUAGUCUGUGCUGUACCUGUCCUUUGGAUAGUGAUGGGACUUGAUUCUCCAAGACUUCCAGUCUAGGAGCCUUCAUUACCACUAAAUCUACUUUUAACUUCUUCCCACCUCCCCAAUGCCAAAAAUAUUUGUUCCCAUCCUGCAACAGUUGUGCAUUGCCAGCAGGCUCCUAGGUAUCCUUGUGGUACUGCUCUAUCUCAAUAAAGUAGAUGUAACUGUAGUUAUGCAGAACUUUUUUAACAGAUGAACUAUUAAAUGAAGCCAAGUGAUAAGGAAGCAGAGGAAAGUCACAUGUGGCCCUGGAACUCGUUUAACAUGCAGCAGUCCCAUCUGGUUGGUCUUGUUCUCUAGUAGACCUCAAAGACCUUCCAGGCACAAGGAUGAAGCUCCCUACUUCUUUCCCUGAGGGGGCAAUCACCAUCCCUCUGCUUGCAGUGGAACAAUUGCUUGUGCAGAGUUUUCUUUGCUAUCGCAUCCCUCCCGCAUCUUUUUCUGCAGGAGGGCAGUAUCAAAAUCAUCGUAAGGAGACAUCUGCCCUCCAGCUCUGUGAAAAUUGUACAAUAAAAGAAUCUCCCCAUAGUCUCCAUAUACACCUCAGUGACUAAAGAAAAUCCAUGGGAGCUAAUCAGUUACUGUAGCUAUUAGGCUUAAACUUUAACCACAGGUCUCAGAUCUUCUCUUGUGUACUAUUAGUGGCUACUAGAUAAUCUAAAGAAGUCAACUGCAAUUACUAUUAAAAUCCCAUACUAUAGAAGUGCCAUUACAAUGUAGAUUCCUGAGCCAAAGAAUUCUAUACUGUUAUAUACAGCAUCUGGAAAGGAAAACAUAUGGCUUUAGUGGGAUAUAUUAUAGUGUAGCAAUUAUCAUUAUUGGGUAUGAUCCAAACACUCAAAACUGUCAUCAACUUCAGUGGAAAUUUUGAGUAAGCAGUGAAUAGAGGUUCAGGUCAAUUAUAUAUGUCUAUUUCUAUAACUUUUAUAACAGUGAAGUGUGUUAGCUUUGGUGUUGCUUCUGUUGGCCUAUUCUAUGCUAAGCUUUGCAAGAUGAAGUCUCUGUGGGGAAUUAACCUAUAAUACUUCUGAAGGGGAAAAAAGCAAUAGCUAGAGAGCAAAGAAAGAGAAAAUAGUGCAUAGUGAUAAUUUAUGGUCUCUUUUUGUCUCAUGAUAUAUUGUGGCAUUCAGUAGUAUCAUCAGGUUUUAAAACAGAUGUAUUUACCCUGGGUAUAAAAAUAAUUUGUUUUUUCCCAUGGCCAUGUAAUCCAAUUAAUUUAGAGGAAAUAAGUCAUUGCAGUUUAGUUGCUUACCUAAUAGUGUAAAAGGAACCAACAUGAAGAAGCUCUCAGAAGUUCUCAAAUGCAGUAUGAAUGGAAAAUCUCAUCCUUCUGGCUGAAAAAGUAAUCAGGCCAAGUUACAAGUUAGAAAAAAUAGAGAGUCAGCCAACUCCAAAAUAUAAAAGGAAAAGGGGACCAAAGUUCCAAACACCAGAGUGCUUGAAGUCAAGGAAGGUACUUCUGGCUAGGUGAUUCUGUUAUGUGCAGGAUUUGCACCAGCACUCAGUCAGCUGUCCUAUUAAUAAGAGACCACAUUAUUUAAAAAUAAGUUUGGGGUUGUAAAUACAAUUUUCUAGUUAUUUAUGCUCUAAAGAAAUACUCAUUUAAAAAAAAACCCAUUCUUUCUUGGAGUGAAGCAAGCUUUAAAUAUGCAGUGUGUCUAUUCUUCAUCAGAUUACUUGAAGAAAAUGCUAUAUUUUUAUGUAAGGUUUAGUGCAAAAAAAAUCCUUGAACUGGUCAUUUUAUCAAAAGCAAUUAUAGAUAUAGUUAGAGGUAGAAAUAGGAAGCACGUUGUGAUAUUAUAAAAGCCAUCCUCUCAGUGGUACCAACUUUUUUAUUGUUUAUAUCUACUGCUCUUUGAAAUGCAUUUUCUAAAGUAAGUUGUGCUAUAAAAUGAAAUAUACAUUUGAUUUUCUUUGAACUACAGAAUGCUUAUAAAAUGUUUACUGAAUGAUAUUUGUCCAAGGUUUUUUUCUUCAAGUUUUUUCAUUCAAUUCCCCCGCCCCCUUCUUUCCUUCACUCUCUUGUGUGUUUGUUUUGGGAGUUUUCACCCUUGCAUUUUAGAACAAUACACUAAAAGGUUUAUUUCUAUACUGACCAACAUGCAGCUGUUUCUGAAAGUCUGGGCUCAGCUAAACUUUUUGGGUUUCAAGACCCUGUGGCUUGUACAUCCCCAAAAUGAUUCUUCAGUCCAAUUAAUGUUCAGCUAAAGCAAGGAAUCACAACAAAUCUGUAUUUCCCAGGAACUGGAUUUCAUUUUAGUAUUGUAUGCAUUUCUCCUCUUCAGCUUUUACUCUGCAGACUGAAUUAGAUGUAUGCCUGAAUGUUCUUAUCUUUGUUCUCAUAGUGCAUCUAAAAAGUAAUUUGCUGCCAUGAACUAAGGUAUGCUGAGCAGAGAUUGUAAUUUCUAUGUGAAACCCUUUACAAUAGAAAAAAGCAUUACAGUCUAUGCAUUAUGCUGAAUAAAUAUCUUUUCUUCUCAUCAAUA